AUUCAAACAGCUCUUCUCGAUUUCUCGCGAUUCAAACGGCAGUCUUUUCCAUCUUAAACCCUUCGUCGGCGGUUUACCCUCUCCGUUCAUCUCUUCAAUCUCUUCGCUCUUAACAGCUGUUGGCGUUCUGAGGUGCGCAGCUCCGUGAUGGCGUUGAUCCAGUCGGCAUGAUUAGGGUUGUUCCACCAUAAGGUUGGAUUUCUACCAAAACAAAGUAGAUCCAUAAAGUUGAAUCACUUCUGAUUAAUUUCUCCCUGAUUGUGAAUCGGAGCAGACAUUUCAAAUCUAGCACCCAUCCAUGGAUCUUCUCAAAUCAUAUGCAGAUCACAGUGAUGAGGAAUUAAAUGAAGCAGAAGAUGAGAAACAAGAAAACCCUGGUUCUUCAAUGGCUUCAUCACCGGACUCCUCACCACCACGUCUACUUCGCUCUAAAUCUGCUGCUCCCAAGGUAGAUGACACAAUGCUAGCAUUGACUGCAGCGCAAGCGCACCAAGCCCUUUCUAAGCCAAUUGAUCCAACACAACAUGCUGUUGCCUUCAACCCAACUUAUGACCAGCUUUGGGCCCCUAUCUACGGUCCAGCCCACCCCUAUGCUAAGGAUGGCAUUGCCCAGGGCAUGCGAAACCACAAGCUUGGAUCUGUUGAGGAUGCUUAUGUUAACCCCUUUGUUUUUGAUGAACAAUAUAAUACUUUCCACAAAUAUGGCUAUGCAGCAGAUCCAUCUGGAAAUGAUUAUGUUGGUGAUUUGGAUGCUUUGAAGGAGAAUGGUGCCAUUUCAGUCUAUAACAUCCCUCAACAUGAGCAGAAAAGGCAAAAGAUUGAGAAAAAGAAAGAAAUGGAUGGGAAUGAGGAUGAAGGUGGUGAAGCUGAUCCAGAACAGAUUAAUAAUCCAGCUACUGAUGAGUGGUUGAUGAAGAAUAAAAAGAGUCCAUGGGCAGGUAAGAAGGAGGGAGUGCAAACAGAGUUGACAGAGGAGCAGAAGAAGUAUGCAGAGGAGUAUGCCAGGAAGAAAGAAGAGAAAGGUCAUGCAGGUGGGGAGAAAGGUGAACAUGUGGUGGACAAGAGCACUUUUCAUGGCAAAGAGGAGAGGGAUUAUCAGGGCAGAUCCUGGAUUGCGGCUCCUAAGGAUGCAAAAGCAACAAAUGACCAUUGUUAUAUACCAAAGAGAUUGGUGCACACCUGGAGUGGCCAUACAAAAGGUGUUUCCGCUAUUCGGUUCUUCCCCAAACAUGGACAUUUAAUUCUCUCUGCAGGAAUGGAUACCAAGGUGAAGAUCUGGGAUGUCUUUAACUCAGGAAAGUGCAUGAGGACCUACAUGGGUCAUUCAAAGGCUGUGAGGGAUAUUUCAUUCUGUAAUGAUGGCACUAAAUUUUUGACCGCUGGGUAUGAUAAGAAUAUCAAGUACUGGGAUACUGAAACUGGUCAGGUUAUUUCCACCUUUUCUACUGGAAAGAUUCCUUAUGUGGUUAAGCUUAAUCCUGAUGAAGAUAAACAGAACAUUCUAUUGGCUGGUAUGAGUGACAAGAAGAUAGUACAGUGGGAUAUUAAUACAGGACAGAUUACGCAAGAGUAUGAUCAACAUUUGGGGGCAGUCAACACAAUUACUUUUGUUGACAAUAAUAGGAGGUUUGUUACUUCAAGUGAUGACAAGUCACUUAGAGUAUGGGAAUUUGGAAUUCCUGUGGUUAUAAAGUAUAUUAGUGAGCCUCAUAUGCACUCUAUGCCAUCAAUUUCACUUCAUCCCAACACAAACUGGCUUGCUGCACAGAGCUUGGAUAAUCAGAUUCUUAUUUACAGCACUCGGGAAAGAUUUCAGCUUAAUAAGAAGAAAAGGUUUGCUGGGCAUAUUGUGGCUGGCUAUGCAUGCCAAGUUAAUUUUUCACCAGAUGGACGAUUUGUCAUGUCAGGGGAUGGUGAGGGUAAGUGUUGGUUCUGGGACUGGAAGAGUUGCAAAGUAUUUAGAACUGUAAAGUGUCAUGAAGGAGUAUGCAUUGGCUGUGAGUGGCAUCCUCUGGAGCAAAGUAAAGUAGCAACUUGUGGCUGGGAUGGAUUGAUUAAAUACUGGGACUAGUUCUCUUGCAGAAAUAUCCAGCCAGAGGACUACAGGAAUCAGAUCAUGUUCUUUGAGUUACCCUUCUGUGCUGGGCCAGGAGAAGAAGUUUUAGCUGCACAAGUUCCUUUAUUGAAGAUGAAAUGCUUAUCCUGUCGGAGUUGAGAAAUGCAUCAAAGCUUGAUAUAGCCUUGCGAGUUUCAAGUUACUUUAUUUUAGAAGUCUUACACGUUAAAUGUUAUAAUGUUUCUGCAAUUGUACUUUUAUUACAUUUUUCUUCCUAUCCUUUCUGUAGAUUAGGGGUGCUUUUGCUAUCCCAAACAUGUGUCAAAUGCUUUUGUAGUUUCAUCAUGCUGCAACAUGGGUUCACAUUUCCUUCGUCCCCCAAAUGAAACGGGGUAAUGGAACCAGAAGACGCCUAUUUUAUCAUUGUUACAGAAUUCGAUCCCUUCAAAUCCAGUAC